UAUCAAUUCUUUAUACGGGCCCUACACACUCGAACAUACCUUCACAAUCCAACUUAGCCCCUCUCCCACCCCACAUCUACGUAACAUAUCUACCCAAGCCAAGCCGCAACCCACACAACUCAAAAACGCGGCACAUACUCAGACAACAGAAAAGAAAAAACCAUGGCGCCCGUCACAGAAUUCGUCCUGCUACCCAUCAAGCCGGACGCGGCCCCGGAGACCGUGUCGUCGGUGAUCCAGGCGAACAUCGCGACGCUGCUCGCGCAACCCGGGUGCCAGCGCGUGCGGCAGUCGCGCGUGCACGAGGACCAGGCCAAGCUGCGCCUAUUCGCGGACUGGGACUCGGUGGACGCGCACCGGGCCUUCGCCAGCGACGCCUCUGCGUACACGCCCUUCCGCGAGCGCAUGGGACCCAUCAUCGACGCCUCUUCCUUCGGCCCCGCGAACCCGCGGCAGCCCCCUUACCACGUCGCGUUUACGCCUUUCCCGCCGACGGUUCUCGACGGCCCGGACAAAAGCCAGAGCCCCGUCGUCGAGGUUCUGCAGUUCUAUUUCGCGGGUGAUGUUACUGACGAGCAGAGGGCGAAAGUCGAGGGUACGGCGAAGGAGUUUCUGGAGAAGCUUAGGUCGAGCACGAAGGGGAUGACGGGAGAGAGCGCGCUGGGCUGGAGCGUGGAGACGGAUGUCCGGUUUAAGGGCGAGCCGAGCCGUGUGAUGGUCGCGGCGGUCGGGUGGACGAGUGUUGAGGCGCAUCAUCAAAUACGCGAUACCGAGGCGUUUAAGGAGCUUAUUCCGAUGCUGAGGGGCCUUGAGGGGCUUAAGGGCAUGGAUAUGUGCCAUGUGGCUAACACUACGACUGAGAAGAGUUAAGUGAGCUAGCUAGCUGUCUCUGGGAGAUAUCGGGGAGGAUGGUGGGAAAUGCCGUCUCGUUUGCUCGAUUGACAUUGCUUUGUCGGUUGCUAUCUCGGUCGAAAGUAUGUCUGCGGAGGCCUUUUAGAAGUAGAAAAUAAUUGCAACGAGCUUGGUAAUUUAGAAAGGUACUUGGUCUCUUCAAAUGCUAUGGCCAGUAUGGUAUUCUCCUAUCUCUGCGAGUGCUACCCCAUGAAUGGGAAUAUCAAAGAGACAUGACUAUUUCCAAGCGAGAGCAGAUUCCUUUGCACAAGAUUAAAAAUGAAAGCCUUAGAAAAUGGCGGAUAUGAAGGGUGUGAUUAAUAUAAUAUGUUAUACAUAAGCAUCGCUCUACCUAUAUGUCUUAUCAUGAUUGCGUAGGGUAUCUGUCUAAUCCCAGAAAGCCCCCAAAGAUGUUCCCGCCAAAACCUCAUCUAAACGACCAUCCUGAGAUGGAGACCGAGUAGGGUAUAUAUGAGUAGCUAGGUAUAUAGAUCCAAAAC